AUGCUGGUUUGGAAAAGAGCCAGGGAAGUAUAUCGACUACAUAUAUCAAGGGCCAGUGAUUCUCGUUCUUCUGAUAAAUUUUGUAUUUCUAUUUAACAUAGUUAGGAUUUUAAUGACAAAGCUGAGAGCUUCAACCACUUCAGAAACAAUACAGUACAGGAAGGCAGUCAAGGCAACAUUAGUUCUUCUGCCUCUGCUAGGCAUCACCUAUAUGCUUUUCUUUGUCAACCCCGGUGAAGAUGACAUUUCUCAGAUCGUCUUCAUCUAUUUCAAUUCCUUCCUGCAGUCUUUUCAGGGUUUCUUUGUGUCAGUAUUUUACUGCUUCUUGAACGGUGAGGUCCGUUCUGCUGCCAGGAAAAGAUGGCACCGCUGGCAAGACCAUCACUCCCUCCGAGCGCGUGUGGCACGUGCCAUGUCUAUCCCCACUUCUCCAACACGAAUCAGCUUCCAUAGCAUCAAACAGACGGCAGCCGUGUGAUAUGCCCUGCAUGUACACACACUGCCUGAUGGUCUUCAGGGUUCUUUCUUCAUUCUUCCCAAGCUCCUUUCUUCAGACUUUUUUCCUUUAUUCUGCACUGCUCUCUUUCACAAUGAGGUGCCCAUCAUGUUUUUGUGGACUCUUAUCUCCCAUAUUCAUGAUGCUGCUUUAAGGCAACCAGGCAAAAGCCUCUUGGAGUAAGUGGUGGUGAAACAGAUUCAAAGAAGAAAGAGAUUCAACACUGACUCCUUGCACCUUGUGGAAGUUCACAAUACAAAGUCUAAAACAGCACACUGGCGGGAAC